AUGAAUAUCGAAUUAGAACAACCAAAUAAUCAUAGUACCGAUAUUGAAUUGGGAAAUAGUAAUAAUAGUAACAGUAAUAAUGGAAAUGGAGUACAACUAUCAUUUAGAAAUAUAGUUUAUCGUGUUCCAAAUAAAUUAUAUGGCAAGGAAAAUAGUAUGUGGAACAAAAUAUUUAAAUCAAAGGAUGGUCAAGAAGAGGAUGAAGAGACCAACACUGGAAAACCAAAACCACCAUUGGAAAAGGAAAUAACCAUUCUUCAUGGUGUUAGUGGUGUUGUUGAACCUGGUGAAAUCGUUGCUAUAAUGGGUCCAUCUGGAAGUGGUAAGAGUACGCUGAUGGAUAUUCUGGCCAAGAGAAAGAGUACUGGUACCAUUACCGGACAAUUAUUGGUCAACGGACGUGAAGUUGGUGAUGCCUACAAAAACUAUUGCUCCUAUGUCACACAAGAGGACAUUUUGCUGCCAACAUCCACCGUCGAAGAGACCCUUAGAUUCUAUGCGGACCUUCGUCUAUCUGGUUUCAGUGGUGAGGAAAAGGAUCGUCGUGUUGCAGAGGUACUCCAAGACAUUGGUCUAUCUGCCAAGGCCAAGUCCAAGGUAGGUGGUAUGCUUCCAGGUGGCAUUAUGUUGCGUGGUUUGUCUGGUGGUGAAAAGCGUCGUGUAUCGAUUGGUUGUGGUUUGGUGACCAACCCAAACAUCAUUUUCCUCGAUGAACCAACUAGUGGGUUAGAUUCGGUCGCAGCACUCGUCGUCAUGAACACUCUGACCAGUCUCACCAAAAAGGGUGUCACUGUCAUUGCUUCGAUCCAUCAACCACGUACUGAAAUCUUUAGUCUCUUUAAAAAGAUUAUGGUGGUUGUCAAGGGUCGCAUGAUCUAUGCCGGCACCAAUAUCCUCGACUACUUUGACGGCCUCGGGUACUCGUGUCCCGCCCAUGUCAAUCCAGCCGAUUUCUGUCUCGACUCUGCCGUAGCCAUCGGUGAAAGUUCUCGCUACCUUGAAAUCUGUGACAAGUGGUUGCAACACUGGGAAUCAGAGGUGAUUGCCAACACGACCACCCCCGACCACAUCACCAAAAAGAGAAAGAAACCAUCGUUUUCCUAUCAGUUCAAGAUCCUACUGCACCGAUCCUACAAGGAUUUCUGGAGAAAUCCAGGUAAUUUUGGUGCUCGUUCCAUUACGGCAGUGGUCGUUGGUUUGUUGUUUGGUGCUUGUUUUGGUGGUCUUACCACUUCACAAAACGACAUUCAAAAGAUUAUUGGUGUUAUUUUCUUUUUAAUCAGUGGUCUCAAUCUCACUCCAUUCACAUCCAUCUCUUUAUUCCUUUCAGGAAGAGCUCUCUUUAAUGCUGAACGUGCUGCCAAGAUCUACCAUCCAUUCCCAUACUUUAUUGCCAUGAUGCUUGUUGAAUUCAUCGUUGUCUUUGUCGUUGCUAUUGCCCUUGGUGGUAUCACCUAUGGUAUCGCCAAUCUUAGAGCUGAUGUCGGUCGAUUCUUCUUUGCCAUGAUGGUCUACCUCUUUGUUCACAUUCUCUCUGAUCUUUGUAUCAUUUGGAUCACCAACACCACCGGUACCUCUGACCACACAUUUGCCAUUGGUUCAGGUCUCAGCGUCAUCUACCAAUUGUUUGCCGGUUUCUUUGUACCAGUCCAACAAUUACCAGUCAGUUUUGGUUGGUUACACUACUUGAAUCCAUUGUACUAUGGUUUUGCAUCUGUCAUGGUCAAUGAAUUUGAAGAUAGAGAAUUGAUUUGUCCAACCGAUGGUACUCCUUGUCUUUUCCCAAAUGGAAAUGAUGUCCUCAAAUAUUAUGGUCUUGAUCAUUGGACUCGUGGAAAUGCUUUUGGUGUUGUUGUUAUGGUUCUCUUUACCCGUUCCCCUGAUUGA